UAAACUUGGCUGACUAUUAACUUUAUUUACACACUGCAUGGGAAAAAAGGAGAAGCGCACAGAACAGCCGCUGAUGACAUUCACAGGUACCCGGGCCGUUUCCAGAGCAACGAGAGAGCGGCUGUUCAAAGGGGCGUGAUCGAGGAGGAAGGACUUGGAGUAGAGCCAAUAAAAUGAGAGAUCCCCUUGUCGGGGUGUAACGUCGAAGACAGAGCCACCAAUUGGGUGAGCGGGUGGUAAUCGGGGCGUGUCCUCGGAUUUACCUGGGGCAGAGCGGACCUGGAAGAAAGGAACAAACACCUCGAAGAUGAUGCUGAGGGACUGGGUAGAUCAAUGAACAAACAGGUGAAGGAUGUUCCAGUGAAUUGUUCGGCAAAGUUGAGGCAAACACGACCACUCAUUUAAGUUAAAGGUGUGACUCCCCAGAAAACCAGCUUUUCCUGUGGGCCUCCUUACACAACAACUUCUAACCGUCAUCAUAUAUACAGACUAGUGUCAAAGCCACCUGAUGCUCUAGCCUUGCCUCUUGGGAAAGAGGCUACUGAGCAAACCAUACUGUGCUCUCCUCCCCUGGCUGCUGCAGAUGUCAGGCAAGAUGGCUGCCGACACGCCCGUGAGGACAGAACAGGAGGAGCUGCAGAGGAGGGCCAACCAGGUGACAGAUGAGUCCCUGGAGAGUACCCGUCGUAUGAUGCAGUUAGUAGAGCAGAGCAAAGAUUCAGGAAUCCGGGCCCUGGUCAUGCUGGACGAACAAGGAGAGCAAAUGGAGCGGAUUGAGGAGGGCCUGGACCAGAUCAACUCGGAUAUGAAGGAGGCUGAGAAGAACCUAACAGACCUGGGCAAAUGCUGCGGUCUGUGCUUCUGUGAUAAGCUGAAGGACUUUGAGGAGAGUGGGGCCUAUAAGAAGGUGUGGGGGAACAACCAGGAUGGGGUGGUGUCCGGCCAGCCAUCCUCACACGUUGUGGAUGAGAGAGAGCAGAUGAUCAUGAGCGGAGGCUACAUACGCAAGGUGACAAAUGAUGCACGUGAAGAUGAGAUGGAGGAGAAUCUGGGACAUGUAGGCAGCAUCAUAGGCAACCUGAAGAGCAUGGCACUGGACAUGGGCAAUGAGAUCGACACGCAGAAUGUCCAGAUUGACCGCAUUCAGGGCAAGGUGAUUCUCAAUGUAUUCCGCAUCGAUGCAGCCAAUCAGAAAGCUAACAAUCUAAUGAAGAGAUAAAGAGGAAGAUUGUCCUUUUCCGCUGUGUGAUCUUAUCUACUCCCUGUCUUUCUGUGCCAAUAUGUGUCCAGUGACCAUCCACCCACAUAGAAAAUCUGCCAAAUGGUCUUGUAUGCCUUAUCAUAAAGCCUGAGCAGCAGGGUACACAUCAUUAUUCAUACCUGGCUCUACAUUGACCCUAGCCUGUUUGCCAGUCUCUGCCACACGACAAAGAAGAGUACAAGGAGUGGAAUGCUACCUAGACUGGUACCCAGAUAGCCUGGAGACCACUCUGCUGCCAUCUGUUGGCUAGAUUGUUUUCUAAAAUACUAGAUACACAUGCCCAUCCGCUCUUUCAACAUCCUCCGCUAUCCUCCCUCCCAUUCUCUUUCGAUGCAGAAUGGAGCACCAGUGGAAUUGGGUUGCUAUGCUUGUUGUCACCAGGCAGACUAAAGUAAAUGGGAAGGAAUCAACAUUCUGUGUCUGCUUUUCUUUUAACACUAAUGAGGUUUGCCUU